AGAAUCUCCUGUGCUACUUUUCACAACCAAGCAUAUCCGACCUUUGCGACCAGCAGUACUGCCCAGGGCGAGCCAACGCAAGGAACCCUGUGUUAUUCGUUCAUCUUCGCUCACGAUCAAACAUCCCGUCCGGCAUCCUCAGACUCCUAUCACCAUCACAAUGGCCGACCAGAACCAGAGCGCCGCGUGGCCCCUCGCGGAUGCCCAGCUUUCCCAGGAGAUCCUCGACCUUGUCCAGCAGGCUAGCCACUACCGCCAGCUCAAGAAGGGCGCCAACGAGUGCACCAAGACCCUCAACCGUGGUAUCUCGGAGGUCAUCGUCCUCGCUGCCGACACUCAGCCUCUCGCUAUUCUUCUCCACCUUCCCCUGCUCUCCGAGGACAAGAACGUCCCUUACGUCUACGUUCCCUCCAAGAUCGCCCUCGGCCGUGCCUGCGGUGUCUCUCGCGCCGUCAUCGCCGCCUCCAUCACCACCAACGAGGCCUCGGACCUUAUGAACCAGAUCCGCAGCCUCAAGGACAAGGUCGAGCGCCUCAUGAUCUAAGCAGACGUCCACAUGCUCGGGAUCGUCGCCUGGAACACCGGCAACGACCUGCACACAAUGGAUUUGCGCUUGGUAGAAAGUGACGGGCCAUCUUGGAAUGGUUUAGAAUGUCUAAUUCAACGAUAGGAAAUACGAUCAGAAUUUGAAUGACCCUUCUGAGUCUCU